AGUAACCUUUCCUGUCUGUCUGGUGGUGCGUUUGCGCCUCCUGUCUUGAAAAGGAGGAGAAGGAUAGUUUACUUUUCAGAGUUCAAGGUUUGGUUUCGGUGUUCGUCUGGAGUAAAGGGUUUUGCUGAGGCAGAAAGCUCCCUUUUCACAGAGCCAACAUGCUGAACAUGUGGAAAGUUAGGGAGUUGGUUGACAAAGCGACCAAUGUUGUGAUGAACUAUUCAGAGGUGGAGUCUAAAGUUAGAGAAGCCACCAACGAUGAUCCCUGGGGACCUUCGGGACAGCUGAUGACUGAAAUUGCAAGGUGCACCUUCAUGUAUGAGCAGUUCCCAGAGGUGAUGAACAUGCUGUGGGCCCGCAUGCUGAGGGACAACAAGAAGAACUGGAGGAGAGUCUACAAGUCGUUGUUGUUGUUGGCCCAUCUAAUCAGAAAUGGAUCAGAGAGAGUUGUAACCAGCGCCAGAGAACAUCUGUAUGACCUGAGAUCUUUGGAAAGUUACCACUUUGUAGAUGAGAAUGGGAAGGAUCAAGGUAUAAAUGUGCGUCAGAAGGUGAAGGAGCUUGUGGACUUUGUUCAGGAUGACGACAGGCUCAGAGAAGAAAGGAAAAAGGCUAAAAAGAACAAAGAUAAAUACGUUGGUGUUUCCUCCAACACCAUGGGAUACCGGGGCUACUCUGGGGACCGGUACGACUCAAGCGAAAGUCGAGGAAAGUGGGAUGAUGACUGGGACAAGAGUAAAGGUCCUUUCCCUUUCAGCGAGAAGUUGGGCGAGAUCAGCGACAAAAUUGGCAGCACCAUCGAUGACACCAUAAACAGGUUCAGGAAGAAGGACAGAGAUGAUUCACCCGACCGAUUCAGCGACAACGAGGAGGACCGCGAUCGUUCGUCUUACAAUGGAAAAGCCAAGAAAGAGUUCAAAGAUGAUGAGGAGACUGUUACAACCAAGAGUGUGCAGAUUGUCCAAGCAACGGAGACAACAGCCACGCGGAAGAAAGGAGCACCGUCCAAAAAAGUGGACCUGGGGGCUGCAGCUCACUACACAGGAGACCAGAGCCCAGACACCCUCGUCAAACCGAGCCAGCCAGCAGCAGCAGCCCCUCUGCCUGUGAGUACGGGCCUAGCUGACCUGCUAAUGGUGGACACCACCCCUACCCAACCUGCUGCCUCAGGCCUCAUCGGUGGGUUCGCUGACUUCGCCUCGUCAGCUGGACUCUCCUCGGGAUCCGCAGCUGCAGCUUCCAGCCCCAACGGAGACUUUGGUGAAUGGAAUGCCUUUCCUGGAGGUCAGAUGCCGUCGUCUGCUCCGAGUCCUGCCACCAGUGGAAAUGAGUUUUUCGGAGCCAUGACAGCAGCUUCUCCUACUGCCUUAGCCCCGGUUCCAGCUCCAGCCUCGGGUCCCGCCUCAGCAGACCUGUUUGACCUGAUGGGGCCAACUCCGUCCAUCACCUCCUCUCAGAGCCUCAACUUCAGCAUGAGCAGCACACAGAGUGUGAGCACCACGGUCAUUCCCCAGUCCAUGUCACAGCCCAUUCCAAACAUCGGGGUUCCUAUGCAGCCACAGUCGGUUCAGCAGGCAGCGGCCUCCCAAAGCUCCGGAGCCAAAGCAUCUCUCCCGUCCACCUGGUCGGAUCACACCGUGAACAUCAGCCUGGACUUUCUGGUCCCAGGCGUGCAGCCUCCCAAGCCCAGCCAGCCGAGCCUCAACACCCUCCAGCAAGGCCAUCCGGUGCCUGCCAACAUGCUCUCCCAGGGAUUUUCCAGUAUGAAUCUUGGACCUACCAACAUCAGACCACCUGCGAAUGCGAUGAUGCAUCCUGCUGCUGGAAUGGGCAUGGCUCCUAACCAGGCCAUGAUGGGGAUGGGCAUGAACAUGGGGAUGCCACAAGGGGGUAUGACCAUGGGAAUGCCUGGUGCCAUGGGGAUGGGAAUGGGGAUGAACCCUGGAAUGGUCCAGCAGCCCAAACAUGACGCCUUUGCUGACUUUGGCAACUUUGGAAAAUGAUGAAACAGAAAAUGUAAUCAGAAGUGGUGGCAGCCUCUCGCCGUCCAUAGUUGAUGGAUCAUCAUGAGCUCCAAACAAAGAGUACUUGAAUAACAUCCACGAUGGUCUCACCAACACCCUGCAACCUCCCUGUUGUUUUAAAUGAUGUAGUCAUGUGGAUUUAAAUGAAUGUGUGUUGACUGAACCAAUGAUGCGUGUGCUGUGGAAGGGUGGCUGGACGUACUCUGGUGUUUGCCGGGCUGGGGCGGGGAGAAGAAAGUGCCACCGAGGGAAACUAAACGGGGAUUUGCUUUAUAACCUCAAUCAAGGUAACUUCUACAGGUAGCUGGAUAAUUGCUGUUGAGAAUACAUACAUCUGUAUAACACCAUCAUCCAUUUUAACUAGCUAGUGCACGCUGAAGAUUCAUUUACGUCUCUAUGUCCCCCCCCCAUCUUUCUCUGACAUGUAAAUAGACAUUCUGAGCCCUUGUAAUACGUUGUGAGGUUCCUGUGAGAGGCAGCAGAAGUGUUUUACUACACAGACCAAACUGAUGAGUCCAGAUCUAAGAGCAUGCUGUUCCAUCUCAUUCUCUUUGUGCACGAGUGUGAACUGUCCAGGUGCAGCGCUGACGCGGCACACGGAGCGGUUAUCUGCUGUCAAACUGGUUGAUUCAUGCAAGGAAUUCCUCCUUCAGCUAAACGAAUCGGUGGCCUUUCUUUUUUAGGAUAUAUCUAUAUUUUAUGGAGAUGAUUAUAGUCGGCGUGCAUCCUAGUGAGAUCAGUUAAAGCUCAUACAGGGAUCACGUUACAGCAGAGUGCCUAAAAUCUCUCACUGACCUGAAGGCAGCUCAGGUCCGUCGUAGCCGUGUGUGCUGCCUGCAGACAUCACAUGCAUGUGACUGUGCUGUUUAUCCCAAGCACCUGUUUUCUUCCCGAGCGGUUCAAGCCCGUGGCGACACCUCAGGUUUGAUCUGUGACUGUUAUAAAGUUCACACGUGUUCAAUGUUGCAGCUUCUCUGUGCCUUCCAUCCUCACUGAUGCUGCACACUUGUAUGGUUGUCACAGCAACCAUCAGUGCAGAACACCGUUACCAUCUGGGUGGUGCUGGCUGGAUGAAGAUGUACUGAUGGUUGUUGGCCCGUGAUGACUGGAGCCCUCCUCAGCUGCGCUCCAGAGGCUUGUGGUUCAAGUGCCUGCUGACGACUGCUUCCCACCCCUUCUAAUGAGUGAUUGAUAAUCAGAACUGAAUCGUAGCGGCCUGACAUUUUUUUUGUACGUUUGAGAUGAAUAACUGACGAGAGGAGGACUGGACUUCCCUCAGGGCUGCAGGCUGAGCACAGCAACACAUAGCAGCCUUGCAUUGAUGUCUGAAGCAUUGAAAUGACCAAAAUCUCUCUGCUGUUUCUUCUUCUUCUAAUGUAUAUCAGUAGAAAUGUUUUUUUACUUUAAAUCAUUCUGCUCCUUUUUUAAAACCAACGGGAUUGUUACUGAACACUAGCGUAAGGAACCCCUUUAGAACCUUCUUUACGUUCUUCCCGCUCUGAUUUGAUUUCCACAACCAGACUCCUCGUGGACAGCAUUAAACAGUUGAUUUAAACGUGUUAA